AUGGCUUUCAGAUUUGUUGCCUUGUGUGCCCUUUUUGCUGUGGCUAAUGCCGGUUAUGCUCCCGUCACCACCUAUGCUGCUGCUGCUCCGGUAGUCACCAAAGUGGUUAACCCCUCGGUGGAUGCUGUUGCUUCGACCCAACAAAAUGUGGUGCGGUCUUUCGGUGGUACCGUUUCACAUUAUUCCAAGUCUGUGCAGACUCCUUAUUCCAGUGUGCACAAAGUUGAUACCCGUAUCAACAAUAAUGUCUACACUCCAGCUGUGGCCAAGACUGUGACUUAUGCUGCUCCUGCUGUUACCAAGACUGUGGUUGCUCCUGCCGUCACCAAGACUGUCUACUCGCAUGAAGCUCCUGCUGUCUACUCACAUGCUGCCCCAGCUGUCUACUCUCAUGCUGCCCCAGCUGUCUAUGCUGCCCCUGCCGUCUCCAAGACUGUCUACUCUCAUGAAGCUCCUGCUGUCUACUCUCAUGCCGCUCCCGCUGUCUACUCUCAUGCUGCUCCCGCUGUCUACUCUCAUGCUGCUCCUGCUGUUGCCAAGACUGUCUACUCUCAUGCCGCACCAGCUGUCUAUGCUGCCCCUGCUGUUGCCAAGACUAUCUACUCCCAUGAAACUCCUGCUGUCUACUCUCAUGCUGCUCCUGCUGUCUAUGCUGCCCCCGCUGUUGCUAAGACUGUCAGUUAUGCCGCUCCUGCUGCCACCACCACCUACAACCAUGGUCCCGAUGCCACCACCUACUCUCACAAUGCUCCCGGUGUUACCGGCUAUGGUAGCAGCCAAACUGUCCACUACUCACCAGCCAACAUGGUCUCUCACAUGAGCUUCGAUGGUUUCGGUACCCACUGGGGAUUCUAA